UGUAUUUUUUAGCUAAUGUCAUCAAAGUGUGCCUUUAAUUCAAAUCAAUAUUUUCCAAGCAUUCAAAGUCCAAGAAGAGCCGAAAUGUCGUUCGGUGGCUGUGUUCUGGCAAUGCAAGGCAAUGAAUGCGUGGCCAUUGCCACAGACCAUCGCCUGGGAUGCGGCUCUAACCCGGGACAAAGGAUUGCCGGGGAUUUCAAGAAGGUCUUCAAGGUGGGACCCCGCAUGUUUUUGGGCCUGACCGGAUUCCUCGCCGAUGUCAAUACAGUGUGGGAUCGUCUGCAGUACCGACAAAAUCUGUACGAAAUCAAGGAGAGCUGUGAGAUGACGCCCGAGGCAUUUACCACCAUGCUGUCGAAUCUGCUCUACGAACAUCGCUUCGGGCCCUACCACGUGCAGGCCGUGGUGGCUGCACUCGAUCCGCUUACCCUGCGGCCGUACAUUUGCAACAUCGAUCUCAUCGGAGCGCCCACCAAAAAGGACUCCUUUGUGUUUUGCGGAAGCUGCGACAAGCAGCUGUGUGGCAUGUGCGACGCACUCUGGACGCCGAACCUAGACCCCGAGCAACUUUUCGUAACGAUGUCGCAGACCCUGACACAUGCCUUCCACAGGAAUAUCACAUGUGGCUGGGGCGCCACAGUCUUUGUGCUGGACAAGGACAAGAUCAUGGAGCGUGUGAUUGAUGUUCGCAAGGAUUAGAUCAGGCGUUGGUGGAGACAUUAAAAACAUUUCAAAUGAAAGAUACAGAUUGGGGUUAAAGCGAAAACUGCUUCAUCAGCUCUCAGCGAAACACGUGUUUUUUCCCCCCCAACUCUCCAUUAAUUUAGGAAUUAAAACUCGAAACCUCAAUUCCAUUUUGCAAGAGACUCCCUCUUCAUUCCAUCAGAGCAUACAAAAAUUGCAACAUUGCAUAAAAAACGCGACUAAAAAGACGAUGAAGAUCCAACGAAAGUAAGUAACCGUACGAUACAUUUUUUUCGAUACUGGGUCAGCAAAUAUUUGCAAUUACAAUUGAUUUUUUGGACAACAAAAAGGCAUGGCCUGGCCCACAAAAAAUUGACACAGAAUUUCAAAAUCUAUGCGAAAAUAUUGGGCAAAAAGAAAAUUAAUAUGAUUGUAAAGAGACGAACGCGAGAGACAGACCGAAAGAUGAUUAUUGGUGCAAAGCAAAUUGCGGUUUUUUGUUGUGAAGCGAAACCAAAAGUGGAGAAAUAGGGAGAAGGAAAAGAGGCGGAGGGUGGGGACUUGGACAACUUAUUGGCCUAAAAAUAGUCGAAAUAAAGCGAGUGGUGUGUGAAACCGUUUACAAUGUGGCAACACGACAGAGAUCUCCGACAAGACUAUGGUACGGUCUUAAUUUCCUUUAAUUUAUAUCAUUAUUAUUAUUUUUACAAGCAAAACUAAAGGCAAACCUUUUUGGCAGCCAGAAGAAAGUAGCAAUCACGAAAUUCAUGGCCUCUUCACUCACUUUCAUUCGUUUCAUUCGUGAAAUGAAGAUGUCUUCUUGUCUUGUCGUUUCUGUUGAAUCUUACAACAAAUUAAUUGCCAUUUUGUGCCACUGCCACUGACAAUUGUUUCAACUUUCUACAGAUUUUCACUCGAAGAAGAGAAAUACUUUGGAGUUUUAUGGUACUUUAGAAACUUGUUCUGUCGCUAAAAAGAUUUCGCCUCAAAGGAAAAUCGAAAACCGAAAAGAAAAAGAAGACAGAGAUUAAAGCGUAUCAUUUUUAAGAUUAGUUCCUUAAACAUCGAAGUGAUAGGAAUACCAGAAGCACCAGCAAAAGCAAAAGCUUUGGCGUUUAAUUUUAGAAAACUGACAUCAUAAUAAAUUUCGGAAUACAGACGACAGGCAGUGCUGUCUGUGCACACAGAUAGUCCAAAACAGAACGACAAAACUGUUCGAAAGUGGAUUUAUGAUCGGGGAGCACACAUAUCUCUUGGUUGGGUUCGAAAUUGGGAGCCCCAUAAAUGCUGAGUGGCUGAAGGAUUUAGUUGAUGUUUUCCCAUUAUUUUGCUUGUCGAUUCUUGUUAAUUAAAAUCCAAUCAGAUCGGGUGGAAUUUUCACAGUUCUUUUAGCUUCUUCGGGCGUUUAAUGUGGCACGGAAGUGGCAUAAAAUAAAAGUGCACAUACUUCCUCGGUGGAUAGAUAUAUUCUAUAUUUAUUUCUGGAAUGGAUGAGUAAGCGGGAAAAACUAGAAAUUGUUUGUAGAAAGAGGAAAGAGUGGGUUGAAUGCAUUAAUAAAAGGGAAAUUUGAUGGGAAAUUAAAAAGG